AUGUCCUGUGAUGGUGGAGGAACUGUUGGGCACCCAACAUAUAACCUCUGUGGACAGGCUGAAGGCUCCGCUUCCCAGCUUAGCAGUCUGAGUGGGAACAGGAAAUCUGCAGCGUUGCUGGAAGUCAGGAGGAACCUAAGCAGUAUGCAGUAUUCUUCCGUGGCAGUGGAUACAGAAACCCUGGUGAAUAAUGGAUCUGGGAUUCCCCGCAACCCUGUGGAAGGCACAAAGGCUGCAGUCUUGACCGAAUGUGAAGCCCACAGACCCUGUAUAGCAAAGUGUUUCCAGAGCCGUUAUUUAACUAAAACUAGUACACAGGGAGAUGUCUACAACUUCUUGGAGAGGCCAAGUGGAUGGAAGUGUUUUAUCUAUCACUUUACUGUAUUUCUCUUGGUCCUGAUCUGUUUAAUAUUCAGUGUACUGUCUACUAUAGAGCAUUAUUCUGAAUUUGCCACUGGAACCCUUUUCUGGAUGGAAAUAGUGCUGGUUGUGUUUUUUGGUGCUGAAUAUGUGGUCCGAUUGUGGUCUGCAGGCUGCAGGAGUAAGUAUGUUGGCUUCCAGGGAAGAAUACGGUUUGCCAGAAAGCCAAUAUCAAUAAUCGAUCUAAUUGUUGUAGUUGCCUCAAUUAUUGUUCUGAGCAUAGGAUCUAAUGGACAGGUGUUUGCCACCUCUGCAAUAAGGGGGAUCCGGUUUCUCCAGAUACUUCGCAUGCUUCAUGUAGAUCGACAGGGUGGCACCUGGCGACUAUUAGGAUCAGUUGUUUUCAUACAUCGUCAGGAACUCAUAACCACGUUGUACAUUGGAUUCUUGGGUUUAAUUUUUUCAUCCUAUUUUGUUUAUCUUGCUGAGAAGGAUGCAGUUGAUGAAGAUGGAAAGACAGGUUUCUCCAGCUAUGCUGAUGCCCUUUGGUGGGGUGUGGUAACAGUCACAACAAUUGGUUACGGAGACAAAGUUCCCCAGACUUGGAUUGGGAAGACAGUAGCUUCCUGUUUUUCAGUAUUUGCUAUAUCUUUCUUUGCUCUGCCAGCGGGUAUUCUGGGGUCUGGUUUUGCCCUGAAAGUACAGCAAAAGCAACGUCAGAAGCAUUUCAAUAGACAAAUCCCAGCUGCAGCCUCUCUAAUUCAGACUCUAUGGCGGUGCUAUGCAGCAGAGAAAUCCUGCAGUUCUACAGCAACAUGGAAGAUCUAUGUUACAUCACCGGUGCAAAAUCCCAAAAAACCACCAGCGCCAUCUAGCCCUAGUCUGAGAAAACAGGCUAGAAGAUACAAAAGAAAAGGAAAACUAGGCUUUGGUAAUGGUUCUGCACCUAUAAUAAACCCAGGAGAGAAUUCCUUGUCUAUUCCACAGAUCACUUAUGAUCACAUUGAUGAGCAAGAAGGCAAAAAAGAGGUGUCUUUCUACAUUGAUGAACCAGGAGUGAAAAGACGUUUAGAUGGAAAUACCCAAGAAAUGUCACGGGCCAACAGCUUCACUGAUUACAUUGACCUUAUGUCAGAAGAGUCGCCACUGCCAGCUGUAUCCGAUGUGGCACA